CUUAAGGCUUUCACUUUACUCUUCAUUAUUAAAAACCUUACGCUUCAUUUUCCCUUCGUCAGUUUUCACCUUCCUUUCCCAUUUCUCUGAUUUUCUCGAAGAAAUCAAAUCCAUGGCGCGAUUUGUGAUUCUCUUUGCUCUCUGUGUGCUUCCCGCGCUCGUCGCCGCUACCCGCCCUGUCAGGACUCCGUUUGUUGUUCGUGGUAAAGUCUACUGUGAUACUUGUCUUGCCGGCUUCGAAACCUCCGCCACUACCUACAUUCCCGGUGCUAAGGUCAAAAUCGAAUGCAAGAACAGGAACACCAUGGAACUUCUCUACAGCCAAGAGGCCACAACAGACUCCACUGGUUCUUACUCACUCUUAGUCAACGAGGACCACGAGGACCAAGUUUGUGAUGCUUCGCUAAUCAGCAGCCCUGAGAAGGAGUGCUCGGCAGUAUCUGAAGGCCGUGACCGUGCCCGUGUGAUCCUCACCCGCUUCAAUGGCAUUGCCUCAAACGACCGUUACGUCAAUGCCAUGGGUUUCGCAAGAGAUGAAGCUUUGUCUGGCUGCAACCAAGUCCUCAGCCAAUACCAGGACAUCGAAGAUUAGAUCUGGCUUUAGUUCCAGCAAUUACUUAGCUGUACUUCUGGAGGUAUAUUUAUUCAGCUUAUGCUAAUACAGUCUAUAUACGCUUUAUCUACAUGGAUGCUUAAAAAUGCUUUAAAAUUAUUAGUAAUGCUGUGUUUAUUCACUUCAUUGUAAUCCACACCCUACAAAUAGUGUUUAUAAA